AUGCGCACCGAGCCCAGUUUAAAGGUAACCGGGGGCCGCCGCGCGGCCCCGGCCUUGACCCGCCCCCGGUACCGGCCCGCGCCCUCCCCGUCCCACCCCGCGUGGAGCGGUCCCGCGUGGCCCCCGGCUCGGCCCCUCCCCUGUCCCCGGCGCGGGGAGGGGGCGGCGGGGCAGCCCCUGCCCGUGUCCCGCGGCCCCCGCCGCCCGGGGCGGGGGAUGCGUCGCGCUGAUGGCGGCGGGGCCCCGCCGCCCCCCGGGCCGCGCAGCCGGUGGCGGCCACCGCUGCGCCGUGUCGGCGGGUGGUAGCGGGGCGGUGCGGAGCGGCGGGCCCCGGCCAUGAGGUCUACCGCCUUCCGGGCGGCCGAGCCGCCGCGGGGGGGGCUGGAGGAGGAGGAGGAGGAGGAGGGCGCCGCACCGCACCGCCCGCCGCCCCGCCGGCCCCGGGAGCCGCCGCCGCCGCCGCUGGGGGCACACAAGGGCCGCGGCGGCGGGGUGGCGGCGGCGGCGGAGCAGCAGCAGCAGCGCUGGGCCGGGCUGGUGCCGCUGGCCGGCGGCAAGCAGGCCGCCGCGGGGGAUGCCGGCGCCCGGCCGCGCUACCAGGCGGUGCUGCCCGGGCGCGGCGCCGGGGAGGGCGCGGCGGGGCCGGGAGCGGGACCGGGAGCUGGGCCCACCGAGCCGGGCCCUCCGCCGCCGCCGCCCGCCGAGGGCAAGUGGAAGAGCGGGUCGCGACGCGGCGGGAUGGGGGCCGGCGGGGGCUCGCCGGGGCAGGCGGCCUGUCUGCGGCAGAUCCUGCUGCUCCAGCUGGACCUCAUCGAGCAGCAGCAGCAGCAGCUGCAGGCCAAGGAACGGCAGAUCGAGGAGCUCAAGGCCGAGCGGGACACGCUCCUGGCGCGGAUCGAGCGCAUGGAAAGGCGUGUUCAGCUGGUGAAGAAGGACAGUGAGCGGGAGAAGCACCGCAUCUUCCAGGGCUUCGAGGUGGACGAGAAGCCGGAGGCGGAGACGUGUGAGAAGCUGCCGCUGGAGUGUCCCCAGGACCUGCUGGAGCCCCCUCCGACCCUGCAACCCAAGCACUUCCCCUAUGGCAGGAACGGGAAGGGGCACAAAAGGAAACCAACGUUUGGGAGUGCGGAGAGGAAGACGCCUGUUAAAAAACUGGUGUCCGAGUUCUCGAAAGUGAAGAGUAAAACUCCAAAGCACUCCCCGGGGAAGGAAGAAUCGAGCGGCUCCUUGUCUGAAACUGUUUGUAAACGAGAACUGCGGAGCCAAGAGACUCCGGAAAAACCCAGGUCGCUCCUGGAGACCCCGCUCCGAGCCUCGGCGCCGCCAAAGGGCCCCAGCGCCCACCCCAAGGAGAAGGGCUUCUUCAGCAGCGAGACCGACGACCUGCCCUAUCUCUCAACCACGGAAAUGUACUUGUGCCGCUGGCACCAGCCGCCCCCGUCACCGCUGCCGCUGCGGGAGCCCUCCCCAAAGAAGGAGGAGACUGUAGCAAUUCCGUCUUGGAGGGACCAUGUCGUGGAACCCCUGAGAGACCCCAACCCCUCAGACCUCCUGGAGAACCUGGAUGACAGCGUCUUCGCGAAACGGCACGCGAAGCUGGAGCUGGAUGAGAAACGGAGGAAAAGGUGGGACAUUCAGCGGAUCAGGGAACAGAGAAUUUUACAGCGGCUGCAGCUCCGAAUGUACAAAAGGAAAGGGAUUCAGGAGUCGGAGCCUGAAGUUACCUCAUUUUUCCCUGAGCCAGAUGAUGUGGAAAGCUUGCUCAUCACCCCCUACCUGCCUGUCGUCGCCUUCGGCCGGCCGUUACCAAAACUGACCCCACAGAACUUCGAGCUGCCGUGGCUGGACGAGCGCAGCCGCUGCCGGCUGGAGAUGCAGAAGAAACAGACGCCGCACCGGACCUGCCGCAAAUAACGGGUGGCGCCGCCGCCGCCCUCCCCGCCUUUUCUCGUUGGCGGGCGGUUCCGUUCCCCCGUCACCCCGGUUUUGUUCUGUUGGGUUUGGCAAACACGUUCCCCGGACUCAUUGUGUUGCCCGUUGCGGCGGGCGGACCCCAGACCCCCCCGCGUCCAGUUUAUUUGGAUAGUGGGGGGUCGCCGGCCGGGGGGGCGCGUCGUGCCGCUGCCUCCUUGUUAUGUUUAGCUAGAAAAGGGGAUAACCAGCGGCCGGUGUCCAGCCGCGGGACACCGGGAACAACAGGAAUCCUCUUUGGGUUGGUUUUCUCCUUCCCCUCUUCUGAGUGGCUGUAAAGGGGUCGGAGGGGAGAGUUUAAAAAGAAAAAAAACAUUUUUUUUCUUUUUUUCUUUAUUUUUUUUUUUUUUGUGAAAUAGAAAUCCUAUACGCACAAUUUGGGGGUUUUUAUUUUUUUUGUUUGUUUGUUUGGGGUUUUUUUUAAAUAAUUUAAAUGUUUUGAGGUUGUAAGAAUUUUGGGUUGGCUUGAGUUGGAGCUGCGUCCUGUUCCCCCCCAUGGUGUCCCCAGACACCCCCCCCCCCCCAUGGUGUCCCCAGACCCCCCCCCCCCAUGGUGUCUCCAGACCCCCCCCCGCCAUGGUGUCCCUGGACCCCCCAUGGUGUCCCUGGACCCCUCGGUGUCUCCAGACCCCUCAUGGUGUCACCAGACCCCCCCCCCAUGGUGUCCCUGGACCCCCGGAUGUCCCCGGACCCCCCCCCCCCCCGCAUUGUGUCCACGGACCCCCCCACCAUUGUGUCCCCGGGACCCCCAUUGUGUCUCCAGACCCCCCGGGUGUCUCCGGACCCCCCGGUGCAGUUUGGGGACCCCCAGGGAGCAGCUCCCGGUGGGGAGGGGGUUUGGGGGGCGUGGUUUGCUCUGCCUGUCCCCGCCCCAUCUGCCCCCCUUUCCAGCACCAAUUAAACCGGAUAAUUGCCAGCA